GAUUUCGGCUAGACAACACUAACAUGGCGUCGAAUCAAGAUUCCGCAAGUGUUCAAAAUAAACUUCAGUGCUCAGCGACUUUAAAGCCAAAAAAAAGAUCAAGUUACCACUGUUGUGUGCCUCUAUGUAAUGGAGAUUCCAGAUAUCACCAAGACCUGAAGUUCCAUCGCAUUCCAAGUGCCAAUGACGGCAAAGAAACCCGUAAACUUUGGCUGGUCAAAAUACGAAGAGACGAAGGGCCUGAUUUCAAGAUAUCAAGCAGCACAAGGGUUUGCUCGAGACACUUUUUAGAGGACGAUUACCUACCUCCUGAUAAUGCAGGACGGUGUUUAUUAAAAAAAGGGUCUGUUCCCAGCCAAUUUGACUGGUCUUCAAUGACUCCAAAAGAAGAAAACUAAUUCGCACUUGUACUGGGUAUGCGGAAUUGUCAAUAAUAAGUUUAUAUUAUCGCCUUCACCUGUACCUUGUUUCUUAAUGAUUAAAAUGUUAUUUGCUU